AUGAAACGACUGAACUCACUGUGUGGCAGGGUUGGUAACACUGCGACCGAAGCCAGCGUCAAAGAUUUUUUUGGUGGGCUUUCAUGUUGUGUUCGCGAUAAUUUCGCGCAAUUAUUUCUAUUGAAUCAAUAUAAAUUGAAUCAAAAGAACGAAGAUACAAAUAUGAGUACGUUAGAUAUAAACAAAUUAGACAACGAUGAUGAAAAUAAAACGCCUGACAAAAAACAAAUCGAAGCCGAAGAGAAAGAAGUGAUGCUUAAAAUUGAAGAUAAUUCAGAAGUUCCGGAUGAAAAAUCCGAUGGCGGCGGUCCUGUAAAAGCCGCUCUUUCAGGAGACAUUACAGAGCAAGGGCGCGAAGUAAAACCUAAAUUUAUACCAAUAGGUGCGAUUAAAAUGCCUGGUUUUUUCACUAAGAAUUCAGACAAAGAAAAAUCUAAGGAUGAAGACGAUAUACAGAAGGACACUGAAAAUGAGAAGACUGAUGAGGAACCUAAAAUCAAACACAAUCGUCUGCAAUUUUUACACACUUGUCCUUUCACACAAUUUUUACAUAAGCCUCGCAAUGAUGGAGAAGGGGGAGAAAGAAAGAGAAUAUUCAAUAUCAAAUAUCCUAAGGUCUUCCAGAAACGCUCAGAGAUUAACCCUGAGGCAACUCUAGCUUCCAUGGAGACCCUAGAAGACAAACUGGAUACUCCAAAUGAUGGAAUGGAAAAUGUUAAACUAGAAAUGGAUGCUGAAGAAGGGAAAGUGGCCACUAAAUUACCCCUCAAAGAAAGAAUUCGUCAAAAGAAAUUCAUUAUUGAUGACAUAGUUGUGUGUGUAUUGGCGUUGCUAGUGCUGUUGGCCGUUAUCAUUGGUGUAGUGAUGGGGGCGCGCGCGGGGCCGCCGGCGGAGCGCCCGCUGCGACUGGGCCGCUUCAAGGAGACCAUCACCACUUGUGGACCAGUCGAAGGUAUCCUGGAUGAAGGAGUGUAUAAGUUCAACAACAUACCGUAUGCUGUCCCACCCGUAGGAGAUAAGAGAUUUACUUAUGCCCAACCUUUAAACAAUAUAUCUAUGUGCUGGAACAACACCUACAAAGCUCAUGAGCCCGGACCACUCUGCCUACAGUUUUUGGAGAAUGGCACUAUUAUUGGGGAAGAAGAUUGUUUGAAUUUAGAUGUUGUCACUCCUCAUGUAAGAUACGACUCGCCAUUACCGAUUGUUAUGCUUAUUGGAGCCAACUCUUUAGCAGGUGGCAUAAGUCCAGCCCAACCUUCUGCUUUGUAUGCACGUACCAAGGAAGUUGUAUUUGUAAGGCCAAAUUUCAGACUUGGUGCUUUCGGUUUCCUAGCACUUGAUAUUCUGUCUAAUUCCAAAUAUCCAGCCACUUCAGGAAAUUACGCUCUCAGUGAUUUAAUAGCUGCAUUGCAAUGGGUAAAAUAUAACAUUGAACACUUUGGUGGAGAUCCAACUUCUGUUACUUUGCUGGGCCACAGAGCUGGUGCAACUUUAGCUGCUGCACUCACAACAGUUACCAGAGCUCAGAAGCUGUACUCUCGAGUUUGGCUUUCCUCACCCUCAGUGAUUUUCCCUGGUGAACCCCAAGAUCAAACUCAAAAAUAUGAACAAUUCAAGCAAAGAAGCAAAUGCAAUGAUAUUGGAUGUCUGCAGCGUAUGUCAACAACAGAAAUUUUAAGUGCUACACCAGAAGUAUGGCUGGGAAAUAAUGUUGGAACUUUACCAGUUGCUGCUGAAGAAUUUCAACACUCUUGGUUGGUUUUAGAUGGCGAUUACUUAAGGGUACAUGCUUACGAAAGUUGGCAUUCCCAAAAAGAAGCCAAGAAAUCAGGUAAGGACAAAAUUUUCAAACCUAUGGUCUUUGGUACAACACAGCAUUCUGGUCAUUCAGAUUUACUACAAAAGAAACAUUUAAAUUGGACAUCAGAAUUGGUGGAAAAAAUGGUCAAUGAUAGUAUUAUUGGCCAAAAGAAUUUAACAGCUGCAGUUUUCAAACAUUUCGACAAGUCUUAUACAGGUUUGGCUGAAUUAAUAUCGUCUCUGCGUACUUUAUGUCCUUUAGUAAGUUUAGCGAGAUUGCGUCUUUCAGCACCCAUGUAUGUGGUUAUGGGCGCAGGCGGAGGCGCACUAGGGUCUGGAAUAGCUGGUAUAAAUGCAGAUGUCGAAGCUAUUCUUGGUACUUUUGAUUCUGAAACACCAGAACAAAGACGUUACAUGGCAGCUAUGCAACAGCUUUUCUAUUAUUUUGUAUGGCAUGGAACUUUGCCUGGUCCAGAAACUAGUCUCAUUACUGUUGCACAAGAUUUACUUCCUCUUCAUGGCUUGCCAGCUUGUGAUUUACUGAUACAAGAAGAUCUAGUGCCAAGGUACGCUCAUAUCGAUUAAAGUGUUAUUUAAUAUCAUAAUCAUGUCUUAGAUUGUAUAAAAAUGUUUGGCUGUCUUCUGUAGUUAUUAAUAUUUAAGCAUGUUUUUAAUAUGUGAGUAAAGUGCAUUUACCCCACCCCACCCGCCA